UGCUGACGUCAGAAGCUCCACGGAAAACCUCGGAGGUCUCGACUGUAGGGAGAAGAGACGGACGCUGACGGGAGAGGAAAACUUUAUUCUAAACACGUUGUCUGCAAUCAAUAGUGACUGAUGAACACGCCGGACCCUGUGGAUUAUGUGCACACUGAGUGGAGUAAAUCAUCUGAUGAGUUAUGAGUGCAAGUUCUGAAGAAUUUGUAGGCCUAUGUUGCAAUUUAUGCGCUCCAUAACUGAGCGUAUUUUCCGGAUAUUGUAGGCUACUGUUUCGAGAAUAUUUUUUCCCCUUGCAUUUAUCGGGUCUUCAACAGAAUCAACGGCUCCUUUUCGAUAAUUUCGGGAUUUUCUCAGUAGAAAAACGAACUAUCCCUCAACUCACGUUUGUUAAAGAAAAUGAAGAGAGGAAUAACCUGGCUGAAGACUUAACCAGGAGGAGCUGAGCUCUGUGCUCCGGUCCAACAGAACCACUUCCUGAUGAUGACAGUAAACAUGGAUGAAGGCCUCCAGACUGGACCUGGGCAGCACAGGAAUACACAAGAUGACGAAGAGGCUCUUAACUCCAUCAUGCAGGACCUGGCAGCUCUGGGUCGCUGCUACGCCCAGCACAACAGCAACAAGCCCAAGACCAGAGCCCUGCUCUACAAACAGGAUCUACGAGUGAAGCUGGAGCAUGAGAGAGAAAAACGCAUCAUCCCGUUCCAGAGGCCCCUGCACAUUAAGGAGCUGGUACAGAAGGUGACGGAGGCCUUCGACCAGAGGAUGGACAUGUUCUACCUGGACAGAGAGAUGCUGCUGCCUCUGAAGACGCAGGAGGAGCUGGACCGGGCCGUGCUCCUGGGAGUCAACGGUCUGCUGCGGGUACUGCUAAAGACCCCCAAGAACCAUUACCUUCAGGUGAACACCAGGGACAAGCAGAGUGAGAUGAGAUCUUCCCGGUCUUUGGGCGACCUGAAGGGCUCCCUGCUCAAGGGAGGAGAGAGGGUGCGCAAACACUCCACAGGUUCCCUGCACACGGGCCGCACCUCCCCCCCGCCGGGCAGCGUCCCGGAGGAGCAGCAGCAGAUCGCCCGGCAAGGCUCCUGCACCAGCAUCCACAGCGAGGGGGAGUUCAUCCCCGAGAGCCUGGAGCAGAACCUGCUCCAGGCCUGUGCAGACAACUCAAUCUCCAGCAGCUGUCAAUCCAUAGACCAGGCCCUGGACAGCCCUCCUUUCUCGCAGAACAACCGUGACAACAAUUACCUGAACCACAACUAUGAAUACAAAGGUCGCCAUGGGAAGGGGGGGACGUUCCCCCGUCAGUUCCAGCUACCGAACCGGUACAAGGACUACGGAGACGGCCGCAGGACUUUCCCACGGAGCUUCAUGCCUCAGGAGAACCUGUUCCAGCUGGUUCCGUCCAGUCGCACGCGGAGCUACAACGGAGAGAGCAGCCCGCAGUACGGAGACCUGCGGACCCUUGCUCGCCCCAUGGAGAAGAGCUGUCCGCGCGCCACGCCCAAAUCCCCCCGGGCCCCGGUGAACUGGCGGCAGGGCAAGCUGCUGGGACGAGGGGCUUUCGGCGAGGUCUACCUCUGCUACGACGUCGACACGGGCCGCGAGCUGGCCGCCAAGCAGGUGCCCUUUGAUCCCGACUGUAAGGACACCAGCAAGGAGGUGAAUGCCCUGGAGUGUGAGAUCCAGCUGCUGAAGAACCUCCAUCACGAGCGCAUCGUCCAGUACUACGGCUCUCUGAGGGACCUGGACACCAGGAAGCUCACCAUCUUCGUGGAGUUCAUGCCCGGGGGCUCCAUCAAGGACCAGCUGAAGGCGUAUGGUGCUCUGACGGAGAACGUGACCAGGAGGUACACCCGGCAGAUCCUCCAGGGUGUCUUCUACCUCCACAGCAACAUGAUUGUCCACCGGGACAUCAAAGGCGCUAACAUCUUGAGAGAUUCCACUGGGAACGUCAAGCUAGGAGACUUCGGAGCGAGCAAACGCAUCCAGACCAUCUGCAUGUCUGGCACAGGCAUCAAGUCCGUCACCGGCACCCCCUAUUGGAUGAGUCCGGAAGUGAUCAACGGAGAGGGGUAUGGCCGCAAAGCAGAUGUGUGGAGCGUGGCCUGCACCGUGGUGGAGAUGCUGACCCAGAAGCCCCCCUGGGCGGAGUACGAAGCCAUGGCGGCCAUCUUUAAGAUCGCCACGCAGCCAACCCGACCGCUGCUGCCCGAGGGCGCGUCCGAUGCCAGCAGAGACUUCCUGCGCCAGGUGUUCGUGGAGGAGAAGUGGCGGCCCACCGCUGAGCUGCUGCUGGGUCACCCGUUCGUCCAGGGGGUCUUUUGAGCGCUGAGCCCCCUUCCCGCUUGCAGCCCUGGGUGCACCCCUCACCCCCUCAUCCCUCAACCCCUCACCCUCCUGCCCAGAAAGACUUCAGGGAGGGGAGGAGAAACACGCCAACCCAGUCACACUCCCAGUCUCACAUACAACCCAUCACCAGUCUCUGCCAUGGCCAGACUGAAGAAGCAUUUCCUCUCUCUCUCCAUCUCUGUCUCUCUCCCCCAGUGUCUCUCUCUCUCUGUCUCUAUCUCUAUCUCUGUCUCUCUCUCUGUCUGUCUGUCUGUCUGUCUGUCUGUCUGUCUGUCUGUCUGUCUGUCUGUCUGUCUGUCUGUCUGUCUGUCUGUCUGUCUGUCUCUUUUUAUCUCACUCUCUCUCUACACCGUUAAUAACGCGUUAAACUGACAGCACUAAUAUAUACAUAUAUAUAUUUAUAUAUCUAUACCUAUAUCAAGGUUAGAGGGUCACGUCACUCACACCAGAGAGGCUAGGAUGCCUUGUGGAUCCUGGAGGUAUGUAUAUAUAUGUAUGUAUAUAUAUAUAUAUAUAUAUAUAUAUAUAUAUAUACACAUAUAUUUAUAUAUAUAUAUUUCUGUGUAGAUAGGCUAGGAUGCCUGGUUAUCCCUGGAGGCGUCUGUCUUUUAGAAACCCUCUCUGUGUUUUACUAACAGCCCUCUACUGCCAAGGAUGGUGUCUGGGAACUGGUCCAGAGUCGUGGUAACCAAGGUUACAAGGUGAUUGUAAUGUCCAGCUGAGUUGUAUCACAUCUGAUAGUACUGUAAGUCACUCAUAAGCCCAAGCUGUGAGGGGUGAAGAUUGAUGGUCAAAUGUAUUUUGUAAGACUAUUAUUAACACUUUCCAAAAGCCCCCUUACCUAAUGGGCCUUAACUGUUAUCGCCAGAAAGAAAAAGUAAAACUAUUUUUGUUAACGCCUUACAAUAACGUUUGUAAGUAAGGAUGUAUUUUUGUACUUAGACCUUAGACCUUAGCUGCAUCGCACUCACAAAAAAGAUUUUUCUCUUUUUUGAGGAGUUCAUGAGAUGCACUUUUGAUACCUUGCAUUCAAAGAUUCCAAACAUGCACGAUAAUCAAUAGAAAUCAAAUAGAUAUUUUUCUAUUCAAGGCUUUUUAUAUAAUUUCAAUAGUUGCGACUGUAAUUUGGUCCCACAUGAAGAAAGCAGUUCUGUGUCUUUGCAUUAAUGUGCAAUGUAUAUCUCUGUGCAUAUAUAAGCAAUACCACCACUACUGUUCAAGGUAGCUUACUAAAUUCAUUCCAAUGAUGUACAGCUUCCCUGUGUGCGGAAAUGGCCAAAGAGACAAAAGGUCCCAUAGAAACAUAAAGAACAUUUGGAUGUGCAGUAUUAACAUUACAAUGAUUGUCCUUUGGUUUUGUUAACUCAGACCCUGUGGCCUUUUCUGUUUUUUGCUAGCUUGCUGCACCAUGAAAUAGUACGCAGUGCAAACCUAAAACAGGAUCUACAAUGUGGUCGGAAUCAGGUGUCACACCUGGACCAGCAACACCCUUCUGAAUGAGGUUGAAAAACAGAACAUUAUAAAUUAGAAGUGCUACGGUUUGGCCAUAUGAGAGUCACUGGUCGGACCUGGGCAGGCGGUUGGCCACAGGUGCUUCACCACAACAUGGAGGACCGCAAUAUUUGGCGUUGGGUGUAUUUUGUGUUCAACGUUUUCUGCUGUUUUUCAGGAGUGAUGGGUAGAGUGAUAUUUCACAUCUGCCACAGUGGCCAAUGAGAGGAGAGCUUACCCUGAUUGUACUGGUGUCGCUGUGAAGACCUUCCAGACAUAGCUUGCCGGUCUGAGCUUCAACACCAAACCCACAUUGCUCAUUUGCCUUUAUCCCACUUCGCUGUCUAGACGAUGAUCGGCUUCCCACUUCCUCUGAGGAGUGCGUCUGGAGAACGUCCUGUAUGGUGAAACACGAUGCAACAUGUUGCCAUUGGGGGGCAAUGUUAGGAUUAGCCAAAAAUAAGGCAUGCAUGUAUACUUGGGGGAGAAAUGAGAAGGACACGACUUUGAGCACUGCCACUUGCUCAAGCUAGAUAGCCAAUAAGAGUGGCAGUUGCAGAUUCAUGAUCAAAUAUGUCCGACUCUUGUCAGUGCCUUAUGUGAUUCAUCUAUGACAAAUUUAAUAAAGACAGAAAAUGAAAAGCGGCCAGAGGUAGGAGAUCCCCAAAUAGAGUUGAUUAAAGCACACAUACUUUGCUGAAGUUGUUUUAUACAAAAAAAAUGAUUGUAUUGUACAUAGAUAUUGUUAUGCACUUUUGUAUGAAAUUCUUUACAUUAUAUAAAGAUCUAUCUGAUCAAAUGACCAUGUUAUGCAGCAGAUUGGACUGUGAUUUAUUGACGACUAUAUAAUUUCUUUGUGACCUGUUACGACAGUAUGAACAAAAGCAAGCUUUCGAUUGAAGAACACAUUUGUCUAAUGACAAGGCCUUGAAACAUGGAAUGUAUCAAGUCAUCCAUUUUUUUUGUACAUUUAACUUAAUAAAUGAAAAGUCUAAGACUA